GAACAUUUAUUCGAAGAAAUUACACAGCAAAGAAGAGGGGAAGAGAAGAAAUGGCGAACGACGAAGAAGAUUUCGUGUUCUAUGGAACACCGAUCGGAAGGGAAGAAGUCGGUGGCGGAGGCUUCCGGUCAGCUCAGAACCGCUCUUCCUCCGUGGAAACAAGAGAUGAACAGGGGGGGAGGAGGUUUCAUGGAGCAUUUACUGGUGGAUAUUCAGCUGGUUACUACAAUACUGUUGGCUCCAAAAGAAGGAUGGAUUCCACAAUCAUUCACAUCAUCUCGGAAGAGUCGGGCUGAAGUCACAAAGCAGAGCAUUUUUAACUUCCUGGAUGAGGAUGAGAAAGCUGAUUUGGGAGGUCGCUCCUUGGGGUCAUCAAUGCAGUUCGACACAUUUGGGUUUACAGCAGCUGAACUUGCUCGGAAAGAGGCUGAUAUGGACCAACAGCAAAGGCCUUCAGCAAUUCCUGGACCUGUUCCUGAUGAACUAGUGGUUCUGGCAACAGAAUCUAUAGGUAUCAAACUCUUGAUUAAGAUGGGAUGGCAGCCAGGACUGUCCAUAAAGGAAUCUAACAGGAAUUCACUUGAUGUUGCUCGUGGAGAAGCUAGGAAAGCUUUUCUGGCACUCUCAAGUGAUGCAGGACCGAACACUGUGCACUCGAAGCUGACUGAAGAGGACACUGGAAAGGAUCUGGAUUUACCAGCCAACGAUGAUGACCGGUUCUACAAAACCGUACUGGCAUAUGUAGUCGACCCCAAGCACGAUUUGUAUGGUUUAGGCUAUGAUCCUUUCAAGCAAGCUCUGGAGUUUAGGGAAAAGAAAAGACAAAGAAUGUCUGGGAAGGGGAAUAUGGAACCUUUUAGGUCACUUACUUCAAAAGGAAAGAUAGGCCCAGGUUUCGGCAUUGGAGCUCUUGAAGACUUAGGUGCUGAAGAUGAAGAUAUAUAUGACACUUGUAUCGACGUUCAAGAUACUUAUGUACAAGAAAUUGAAGAACCUUGGGUUGCAAAGGUGGAUACUUUGCGGAUAUUAGACAAAAAGAAAGAUGAUGUUCUGCCUGGGUUUAAAGCUGCAUCAAAAUCCGAGCACCAACUAGAGAGAUUUAAACCUCCCUCAAUUCCAGAGGAUUUUGUUCCCCAUCAUAAGUUUCCUGCUUCUGCUGAUAAUGACGGCAAGAAUGCUGAAAUCCCUCCCACCGAGAUCCCUCCGCCAGAAGAUCACAAUCUUAAGGUCUUGAUUGAAGGGGUUGCAACUUUAGUAGCUCGUUGAGGCAAAUUGUUUGAGGAUCUCUCCAAGGAGAAGAAUCAGUCUAACCCACUAUUUGCCUUCCUUAGUGGUGGAAAUGGUUCUGAUUAUUAUGCAAGGAAGCUCUGGGAAGAGCGCCAAAAGCGUGGCGAACAACACAAACUAUGGGAAGAGAAGAAGCUGAAUAAUUCAGAAAAGCUGACUGCUGAAAGACGUGGAGCAAUUCUAGGAGAAAAAGCACUCGAGAGAAAUUCAAGAGAUUCAAGCUCUAUGGUGGCUUCUUCUGCAUCUGUAAAUGUUCAAAUAAAACUGUCAGAUACAUUCACCAAACCUACAUCCGUGAAUGAACAGGCAGAUGUCAGAAAACCUUUCCAAUGUGACCCAGCGAAACAGAUCAGAUUUGAACAAUUCUUGAAGGAGAAAUUUGAAGGAGGUCUUCGAACUAAAGACUCUGGUGGUUCCAGCGAUAUGUCUGAAGCUGUUCGUGCUCGUGAAAGAUUAGAAUUUGAAGAAGCUGCAGCUGCGGUGCAGAAAGCAAAGUUAGGUAACGAAAGGCAGGUGAGCAGUCAGUUGCUUAAGGACCUGUCAGCUGUUUCAGGAUUACAGUUCACUACUGGUGGAGUAGAGAAACAUACAUCUUCCCUUGAAGAUGAAUUAAAAGCUAAAGCAAUGUAUCCGAAGAGAGAAGAGUUUCAGUGGCGACCUGCUAUCUUAUGCAAGCGUUUUGAUUUGAUUGAUCCUUACAUGGGCAAGACGGGCCUUAAUUCACCUGAGGUUGCUCUGUUAUGCAUCCCUGAUGGUUAUCACUGUCUCAAUACAAAGCAAGAUGAACAAAUUGUGUUGCUGCUAAAUGAUGUAAACACAGACUCUGACAGCUCAGGGAAUGCUUGUAUGAUGACGGUACAGACAUUUGUUUCCACAUCAAGAUCGUCCUCCCUCUUGGAAUCUUCAUGA